AUGGCUUUCGUUGGAGACCAGUUCUUCCCUCAGAUGGAUGCAACCCCCACCGAGUGGGUUGAUUUUGAUCAAUUUCUGGACCUUCCUGCCGAGUACGAGGAGGUGUCGCCCUCGAACACCACCAUCUCUCCCCAGGAUUUGGCUCUGCCCUACGAAGAUGAUCGGAGCUACAUGGUCACUCCCUCUCCCUCUGAGACCCCGCAGUUCAACUGGACAGGUAUGACCAACUACCACCUGACCCAGGAGGAUGUGAUGGGCUACUCGAUGGAUGGAGGGUACAUGCCAGACCCCGCUGCGCCUUUGUUUGACGAUGCUUCUUUCGCGGGCUACAACCCGUAUGACAGCACAAUGGCAUUCAGAAGUCUGGUGGAGGCCCAGGCUGCUGCCGACCCGCGUGUCGCUUCUAUCAAGGAGAAGCGCCGCGAAGCAGCAAUCGCAUUACACCUCCAGCGUCUAUGUGAUGCUACCGCUCUCGAUCUAGACAUGUCUUCGGAUUCCAACACCAGCUUCUCCUCCCCAAGUUGGUCCGACUACAUGCGCGAAAGCACGUCCCCUCAACCCGCGCGGCCCAGCCGGGAAAACACAUCCGUCUCUGAGGCGUCCCCUCCGGGAGCCAUGGAGAUGGUCCUCGACCUCAACAUGAACGCCACCGCCAACGUUCCGAAAAAGCAGAAGCCUCGUUCUCAGGCACAGAAAGAGAACUACAUCAAGGCUAGGAAAUACGGUGCUUGUGAGAAGCACAAGAAGCAACACAAGCGAUGCAACUGCCUUGAGAAGGCCGCUGCCCGUGCUGGAGUUACCGAUGUACCGACAAACGCUGCAUUCCAAGAAAGGCCGAGGCAACCAAUGCUUCAUGUGCCAGUUCUUCCCGAGGCGCGCUGCUCGGCAACCAUGGGCCACGAUCCGUUACUCAGUUCACCUCAAGCACUCCCGACCGUAAAGGCGAUCAGGAAGCCUGCAAGCGGUUCUGCGGGACACGACCCGUCAAUGGGACUGCCGGUUGUGUCUCCAUCCACGAGAGGAUUGCUCCAGAAGACCAAGGUUUCAACGAGUACAUUGCCGGGACAACACCCAUCGCCAUAUCAAUCCCAAGCAUCUCCCUCGAAGAGUACAUCGCCGGGACGCGAUACUGUUCUUGUAUCUGGCAAGCCAGCUUUCAAGACCUCAUCGGGUCACGAUAUCGUUCCCCAAACGGGGAAGACUGUUGCGAAGAAUACUUCACCUGGACACGACACGGUUCUUGGAUCUGGAAAACAAGUUUACCGGACCUCAUCGGGACACGACAUUGUUCUCACCUCGGGAAGGAGUGCUCAGCAGAGCACAUCACCGAGACACGAUAUUGCUCUUUCGGGGACAAAAUCCAGUUCUUCCCUGGCACUACAGUCAAGCCCCGUGUUUCGAAAGCCUGCAGGCAAGUCGAGUUUGCGGUGGCGUGUAUCGACGCUCGCCUCGAUUGGUGGUGCGUCCACUUCUCUUUCCACAUCUACUGGAGAACUUCCACAGAUGUCGUCCAACCAACCUACCCCUGGCCAAGUCCGUCAUCCAGUACUGGACGUGCGGCCCAGGACUACUCGGGCAUCUCGUACCGUGGAAAAUGUCUCUGCCCCAUCGACAAGCGUUCCUGGUACGCUUCAAACAACGAUCUCAGCGGCUGUUGCAGGAGCAACAAGGUUCCGUCACUCUCCACUGGGGAUUCGGAUCUCCGGAGUUAUGGAUGUGCGUGGGCAUGCUGGUCAGCAUACUGGUCUCGAGGCUCUCGAGGCAUUUGCCAGAUCAUCAGCAGCUGUGCCUGGCGGGUUGCGAUCAGCACCAAGGGAUCGAUUGCCCGUGCCGUCUCGGCGCGGAGCUACCAAUGUAUUUGGUAAUGGUCUCUCUCGUGUUCCGUCAAUCUUUGAAAAUGGCGGUAACGCUAUCCCAACAAUCUUUGGAAACGGCCUCGCUCAGUCGCUUUGCGAAAUUGUUAGUGGUAUUUCCUCCACUAUUGCUUUUGCGCUUUCUGGUCUCCGAGAUUUGUCAGGUGUCUGGCAGUUUCCGGAAACCUUGGCCUCAUCCUCUGAGACCAUGAUUGGCAAGUGCCUAUCUUUCUCCGGUAGACAAAUAAUGUCUGCUAAGAAAGGCUUACAUCUGCUCGGCAUGCGGUCCUCUUGGUUCGCAUGA